AAUUGAUAAAUCACAUAUAAAUUGAAUAUUAACAAAAUAUGAACUCAAGAAGUAAAAUUAUUUUUUAACUUGAAGUGUUUGUUUUGAUAUGGUUUAUAUUUGGUGUAAAAAACAAAAAACAAACACAAUAGUUAAUAAAAGGUAUAGUAAUUAAUAACUUCUUGGUGUAAUUCUGACUCGCUAAGAAUAGGGCGUUUAUUUGUGAGUAUAAGUAUUUCUGGAACCACACAUCCCUAAAAUAUAUUUAUUGCCUUUUUUAUUCAAUUAGUUAAUUAAUCAAUCAAUGUUUAAAUAAAGUCAAACAAUGGCGUUUGUGGAAUAUAAAAUUAUUUACAGUCAUCUUAGUGGAAUUAUUGUUAUUCAAAAGGAAUAAAAAACAUACUCUUAUUAAUGUGUACAUAGAAGAAAGUCUCUUCGUUAAGUGGGUAAUUUUCUCAUUUUUAUAUUUUAUAAACAACUCGUUUGGCCUCCCGGCCCAAUGCUGUAGGUUUAGUUUUAUUCUAAAUUUCAAGUCCUUAAAACCCCAACCCCUGGGUUUUGGAGCCUAGAAACACCCGAGAGCCUUUUCGAUAGAUACACACACUACGAGAUCACCUUCACAAUGACGACUCUGUAUCCUUUCACAGGGCCCGGAUUCGGAUCUCCGCCCAUGUUCUGGUCGAGGGUUAAUCCUCGGCCACCAAGAGUUAUGAACUUGUGCAGUUACUAUGUGAGAUCACACGGGUAUCUUCUCAAUGAUUCACGACAGAACGGAUGGCCUCAUGUUGCCCCCUAAUGAAGAGGGCGACACCUUCAAUGCGCACAAGAGCAUGGACAGGUUUGAUGGUUCCCUGAGUCUGUCCUGCGUAAUAUUUACCACGGAUUGAGUAAUGAGAUGCACUCACGGUUGAACCAAUUCUUUCGGGACCUCAAUUCAAAGUACCGGAAUAACAUGUCCGUUCGACAAAAGAACCUGCACCACAUCAAGUUUUUGUUGUCGUCCUACUACAAGCACGAACAUGAACUUGGAUACAUGUUCCAUGCUUACUUGAAUAUUGUGUGCACGGCCAUGGAGAGGAUUAACAAUUUGAGUCGGCCAGCUUUCAUGUUUUCCGGAGCUUCGGUCACUGCUGGAAUGGUGGAUCAGUAUCAGGAUCAAACUUUUAUUAAGAAGAUACGUCUGUGUCGGGUUCAAAGUGGAAAUCUUACUGGACGGGCAAUUAUGAAAGAAGUGGUGUUUAGGGUUAGCAGGACGGGCAACCCACUAAGGAGGAUGAGGAGAAUUCGUCUUGCUGGAGAUGCUCUCCAACUCGGAGAGCCUUUUCUGAUCCCUCCAAAUAUCUGAUUUGAGGAACACAAGAAAGUGUGGCCAAAUAGUUCUUACAUGUUAGGUCAUCAGUUUAAAGUUGAAUAGGAUUUGCAGGGUAUGACAAUUAUUGUGCAUUGCAUUCAGUUCAUGUUUGUUGUUUGAAGUUGAAUACUUUGUCUCCUUUUGAAAUUAUUAGACUAUAAUGUUGUUUGAAAUUUGCCUAUUUUGGAUACUUUUGUUUGUAUGCAAGAACUAAUGUUUUUGAAUUUGAUUUCAAUAGAUGGUGAUGGUUUUUGGAUAUGAUUUCAGUAGUUUUUGAUGGUGAUGGUUUUUGGUUUCAGUAGUUUGUGAUGCUUUUCAAUAUGUGCAUCGUACAGUUUUUUUCUGAUUCUAUUAACAGGUGAUGGUCAAUGGAUCAGGUAGUAUAGUUUUUUAUGUGAUUCCAAUAAAUAGUAAUGGUAAUGGUUUUUA